CCAAAACUCCCGGCUGCGUGCUGGGCAUGUCUCCUCCUUGGGCUCCAGCUCACAGAGAGGGACUCCCAGUAUUGAGAAUUGCAAGGUUUAAAAGGGACAGGGCUCGAUUCCUAGAGCGGAAGGGGAUUUGGGGUGGGGGCGCUUCCCUCCAGAGCAAGAGCCCCUCCCUCCGAAGCUCCUCCCUGCCUGGCUUCCCGAGGGGGGGGGGGAGAAGGAGCCUCUGUCUUUCCCAGGUGCUGCAUCCGUCGGUGGCCCCUCCUGAAACCCAGGCUUGGUAGCACCUCCAAUUACAACAACCUUCAUCUUGGGACUAAAAAGACAAAGAAGAUCCUUUUGCCAUGUUGGAGGCUUUGAUAAAACACAGUUCAAAGAUGGAAGAGGGAGACUCAGCUGCCCCUGAAGAAGGAAGAGGCCUCAAUACCAUCAAGACUUGGAGCAGUGGGGAAUUCUGGGAAAGCACCAUGCAGAAGAUCCAUUGCGAAGAGAACACCUUCAGCUCACAUGUCCAGUGUCAGUGUUUCAGGCAGUUCCAUUACCAGGAGGCUGUGGGACCUAGAGAGGUUUGCAGUCGGCUCCACAAUCUCUGUCAUGUGUGGCUGAAGCCAGAGCUACACACAAAAACUCAGAUCCUGGACUUGGUGAUCCUGGAGCAGUUCCUGAGGAUCCUUCCACCGGAGAUGGAGAUCUGGGUGAGGGAAUGUGGAGCAGAGACCAGUUCCCAGGCAGUGGCCCUGGUGGAAGGUUUCCUCCUGAGCCAGGCAGAGGAAAAGAAGCAGGAAGAGCAGCAGGUAAAGGGUCUGGUUGCAGAAGUUGCCUCUGAUGUGGCAGAGAAGACUCCACUGGACACCAUGCAGAGGCUGCUGGGAGAUGGAAAGAUGCCAACAAAAUCUUCUCAGCCACCAACUCUUUCCAUUGGAGUAGAAGGAGCUGCUGUGGAACCAGAUCAGAGUCCGGUGUCCUUUGAGGAUGUGGCUGUGCAUUUCACAGAAGAGGAGUGGGCCCUGCUGGAUCCUGACCACAGAGCUCUGCAUAGGGAAGUCAUGGAGGAGAAUUUUGGGAUUGUGGCCUCUCUCGAUGGUGACGAAUGGGAAACAAAGAAUAAGGGAGAAUUACAUGGGAAAGAGACACAGGAAAGAGACAGAUCUAAAAAGAGGGGAGAGCAGAGAAUGAAAACUGGCACAAAAGAGAAGAGGAGAAAUCGAUCCUUUGCUUCUCAGGGCAGUGUGUGCCAUGAAAUUUCAGUCCGAGAAAAAGCAGAGAAAAGGAAGAAAAGAAGUAAGUAUUCUGGUUAUUGGAAAAGUCUCAAUUCUAAAAGAACAUGCAAACCCCACUGCAUAAACAACAAAGGCAAGAAACGAGAUAACUGCCUGGAAUGUGAAAAGGGCCUCAUUUGUAAGGAUAGACACUCUUACCAUCUAAUAAUUCACACAGGGGAGAAACCAUAUAAGUGCUUGGAGUGUGGAAAGAGCUUCAGCUGCAAGAAAAUUCUCACUUACCAUCAAAGAAUUCACACAGGGGAGAAACCAUAUAAGUGCUUGGAGUGUGGAAAGAGCUUCACGCAUAACAGCAGUCUCACUUACCAUGAUAGAAUUCACAGAGGUGAGAAACCAUAUAAAUGUUUGGAAUGUGGAAAAAGCUUCCUUUACAGUUCUGACCUUAUUGCCCAUAAUAGAAUCCAUACAGGGGAGAAACCAUAUCAAUGCAUGCAAUGUGGAAAGAGCUUCACACAGAAAACAAAUCUCACUCGACAUCAAGGAAUUCACACAGGGGAGAAACCAUAUCAAUGCUUGGAGUGUGGAAUGAGCCUAAGUUCGCGUUUUAACCUUUCUUGCCAUCAAAAAAUGCAUACUGGGGAGAAACCAUAUAACUGCUUGACAUGUGGAAAGAGCUUUACCCGCAAGUAUGGACUCAUUCAUCAUCAAAGAACACACACUAGGGAGAAACCAUAUCAAUGCAUGGAAUGUGGAAAGAGCUUCAGUAGAAAUACCUCUCUCACUCGCCAUCAAAUAACUCACAGUGGGGACAAACCAUAUAAAUGCGUGGAAUGUGGAAAGACCUUCGAUAACAGUUCUGACCUUUCUUCCCAUCAUAGAAUUCAUACCAAGGAGAAACCACAUAAAUGCAUGGAAUGUGGAAAGAGCUUUAUGUGGAAGAUGCAGCUUACCAAUCAUCAAAAUAUUCACACAGGGGAGAAAACAUAUAAAUGCUUGGAAUGUGGAAAGGACUUCAGCUGCAAGAAAACAUUCACAUGCCAUCAAAGAAUUCAUACAGGGGACAAACCAUAUAAAUGCCUGGAAUGUGGAAAGAGCUUCCUUCGCAGUGAUCAUCUUACUUCCCAUCAAAGAAUUCAUACAGGGGAGAGGCCAUAUAAAUGCUUGGAAUGUGGAAAGAGCUUCCUUCGCAUUUCUAGCCUUUCUUCCCAUCAAAGAAUUCACACUGGGGAGAAACCACAUAAAUGCUUGGAAUGUGGAAAAAACUUCCGCCACAACUCCAGCUUUUCCUUUCAUCAAAGAAUUCACACUGGGGAGAAACUACAUAAAUGCUUGGAAUGUGGAAAGAGCUUCAGCUGCAAGAAAGGUCUUGCUUCCCAUCAAAGAUUUCACAAAGGGGAGACUGCAUAGAAAGACUUUGGAUAUAUUUGUUUCAAAUACAAUAGGGCCCCACUCAUAAGGUGGGUUAGGUUCCAGACCCCCACCGAAAAGUGAAAAUCGCCAAAAAGUGGAUCAAAGGCAGCGUUAGGCAGGGGCUGGAACCUAACCCGCCUUAUGAGUGGGCUGUAGCCAGGCCAUCAGAAGCAGCGAUGAGGGCUGUUGGGUGUUUUCUUUUUUUGGUGCGGUUUGCCUGUUUGGCUCUUCAGCCGGCUGAGGGGAGUAGCCGUACCACCAGCAGCUGCUUCCAUUCUCCCCCUACACUCCCGCCUCUUCCCCGCGCAUGCGGCACCCUCCCUUUCCCCCCACCCCCGCCUUCACCUGGAUGGUCCACAUUGUGGCAGCAUCGGGGGCCUCCUCCCUCUCCUCGUCCCCCUUCUCCCCAAUGCCUUCAGCAGGCCUCUUCGAGUACGAGGGCUGCAAGAUGGGGAGGGGGACCUACGGGUACAUCUACAAAGCGGGUUCUGGUGCCUCCUCGUUGAGCCCUACCUCCUGGCACUGCCCUCGGCAUUGGCUGCACCGGGAGGCUCGCCUCUUCGGUCCGGCCCACUUUGCCCUUGCUGCAGGCCGGAGAGAGGGGGGAAGAGAGGCUGGCGCUGCUUCUUUCUCCUCCUCCUCCGGCCAGCUCCGGGUGUCCUGGUCCAGGGCUGAGGCAGACAGCGCUGCUGCAGCCGGCACCAAGAAGCUUCCCCGCCUCCCACUCUUCCCAGCAUGCCUGACCACCGUAUUAGCAGAAUGCCAAGAAGCGGGCCCCUACUGUACUUCAGAACACCAGUCAAUAUGAAUCCUGGGGAAGGGAGAAAUAUAAGGAACAGUAUAUGCAUGUAAAAUAAAUACAAACAUCAAAUGGGAAAAUAAAGAGGCGAAUAGACUAUAUGAAA